GCAGCUCGAGGCUGACUAGACGGCCCGACACGAGUUGAAAGUGAAAAGCGCUUUUUGGUAUUAGAGGACGUUAUUAUUGGCGGGGUUAUAUUAAUAUUGUUUCACAUAGUUCAUCAUUUAUAGAGGAUAUCGUGGAGUUUAUACUAGUUUAUUUACAUUUUAAAACAACUAUUCGUACUGUUUAGCGUAGGUUUCAAAGCUUGAACUAGUAGCCAUAAAUAUUAUUGGCAUCUUUAUAAGUAGUGAGAGAAGAGAAGGUCCUGUUGAGGACGGUUGGCUCCCCCUAGAUAUGGUUCAACUACAGUCGAACUCAAAAGCUAUAACGUUUCUCAACUUGCACAAUAAUGUGAUUUUGAAAGGAAGAGACUAGUAACAGUGCUUGGUUUUCUGUCACUCGGAUGUCACGUGGUUUGCUUGAUGACUAAUGACACCACGCCACCUGUUGAUGGAAAACUGACACAGUCUUGAGCAGUCUUUUCACCACAAUCGAUAUCAAACGAGCACGUGUACGUGGUUCAACCAGCGAGUGUUUGAUCAACACCGGAUUUGGGAUACAGAAUUGUGUCCAUCAGUUACGAGGUUGGAAUACAGCGUUGAAUCAGUUAAUUGCGACUUCCACAGAAUAAGUUGUCCAAAAAGUAAAAUUCAUUGUAAAUAUGUUAUAUAUAUAUAUAUAUAUAUUUUGUAACUAAGUAAAAUAAAUAAAAAAUAUUUGAUUAUCCAAAGUCUAAUCGUUGUGUGGAAUAUAAAGAGUUGGAAGCCUACGUUAUGAGAAACACUGAACUUGUGUACGUGAGUUUGAUUCUGUGGUAAGUGAAUGUACACAUUUUGACUGGACGCUAAAAAAAGCAAACCAAAACAUUUCGUCGUUUGUGUGCUCUUUCUUUGGUCGAAAAGAAGGACUCUGCAUAAGUAUCCCAAUGACUAAUCGGUCCAUGGAAAUAAAACCCUUCAGCAGAAGGCUGAGCAGGCGACUCAAAGCCAAGGCCGCAGCAGGUGCUAAAGCAGCUUUCAGUCGGCAUCUUCUCCAGAGUGUUUUCACCAGAACUUUUUUCAAGAAGAUAGGGGGGCUUUCCUUAGCCUCUCAGCUACCCCUGCCUCUGCAGUGCUUGGCUUUGUUGAUGCAUCACCCUAUACAGAUGAAGCCGGCUGACAGUGAAAACAGAAAUGAGAGAAAACUUUUCAUUGGCAUGCUUUCCAAAAAGUGUAACGAGAACGACGUAAGAAUUAUGUUCUCGCCCUUUGGCUCCAUAGAAGAAUGCACGGUACUCAGGGACGCAAGCGGACAGAGUAAAGGUUGUGGAUUUGUGACGUACGGGUCUCGCCAGUGUGCAAUUAACGCUAUCAAAGGCAUGAACCACUCCCAAACCAUGGAGGGGUGUAGCAGCCCUCUAGUGGUAAAGUUUGCUGACACCCAAAAAGAAAAGGAUCAAAAACGACAACAACAGAUGAUGGCUAACUUAUGGAAUAUGACUAAUUUUGGGAACAUUAGUACUUUGACACCACAGUACUUAACACUUCUUCAGCAGGCUGCCCAGACUGGGGCCUUUGGAGGUUUCACCAAUCUUCCACAACUGACUGGAGGUGAAUGCUAUGGUGUUGGUUCCUUGAGUGUUCAACAACAGUUGGCUGCUCUUGCAGCAGCACAAGCCUCUGCCAACAAUAGUAACACAGGCAUCAACUCCCUGAGUCUUCAGGGGCUGACCAGUCAGGGGGUCACUGCAGGUCUAUCUUUACCUACAUCAGGGAAUAGCUCCUCAGAUCUAAGUGCAGCCAACUUACAAAGCCUUGCCGCGCUAGCUAACAUAACCAACAAUCCUGCUGGACUUAAUUCUAUGAUGGUUCAAAACCUGGCAGCAUUAGCAGCUGCUGGUGGAGGGAACAACUCAACAGGGAUUCCUGGCCUGUCAGCAGCAGCUGUCCUUGGUAGAGCUGUCAAAGCAGGCAAUAUAUCGGGAAACAUGUCCAGUGCCAACUCCUCUCUAAGUGGUAUGAACUCUGUGAGCCCAGUGUCCAGCAUGGCACUUGGAAUGACCACAAAUUCUCUCUCCAGCAUGGGGACUUUAACUGGCAUGAAUGGUCUGGGAAACACAACUGGUUUAGCAACGAAUGGUCCAAGCUUGGAUGCCCUUGCCCAGGCUUACUCAGGAAUGCAACAGUACCCCUCUGCCUUGCCAGGAACCUUUACCCAAGUUGGAUUACAGCAGUCUCAAAGCCCAGUAGGAAAACAAGUAGAAGGACCCGAAGGUUCCAACCUGUUCAUCUACCAUCUUCCCCAGGAAUUUACAGACAGUGAUCUUGCCCAAACCUUUCUUCCUUUUGGAAAUGUGAUUUCUGCUAAGGUCUUUAUUGACAAACAGACUAAUCUCAGCAAAUGUUUUGGAUUUGUCAGUUAUGAUAAUGCUGUAAGUGCUCAGGCUGCCAUCCAGGCAAUGAACGGGUUCCAGAUUGGCACAAAACGACUCAAGGUACAACUUAAGCGGUCAAAAGAUGCCAGUAAACCCUACUGAUAGUAUCCACUGCCUUGACCAACACACUACCCAUUCUUCUUAUGACUGUCCACUUGGUGCAUUUCACGUGACCUGUGUCUCCUGUACCCGUGCAGUGCAGUGGUGUGCUGUAACUUCUUCUCCCUGUCCUAUAUGCCACGUACCUUACACUUUGUGGGGUGUCGUGAGUGUGAAGCCUUUUUGUUUUUUUAUUUUUCUUAAAAUUUAUUUUUGGAAGUGUCACCAGAUGGCAACCAGAACGGGUAGUUGUUUAAGCAACGUCAGUGGAGAUCCUAGCAGUUAGGCCUAACUUGAUUGGAAUACUUUAUAGAAACUACUACCGUCCCCUUGUACAAAAUUAAUGUUGUGGUAAUUGAGUUAUCAGCCUAGAUUCUCGUAUAAAUGUAAACUGGGGAAUAUUUUCAUUUUUGUUCUGGUUUGUAGUGGCUUAUAAUAUGUUUGUUUUGAUUGUUUAAAUGGUGUUUUUGGAGCCCAACACUUGUAACGUUCUGUAGUUUUAAGGGUUUUUUUUUGUCCACUAUAUGUGGCAGCUGACCUAAGUAUGUAUUGUGUUUAAUUUCCAGUAUGUUAUCGCAUUGUAGUUAUGUCUAGACACCAAGAGGUUGGGGUGUUGUUGUUUUUCUUAAGUUUUUAUUUAACUUUAAAAUUAGGAACAAAAAAUGUAUUCACACAAAUGUGUACAAUGUUUAGCACCUGAAUUGGCGGGCAUGCAGUGAAUAACACCUUUUCCUGCUCGAAAAGUCAAGAGAAAAGCCUAGGUUUUCACCACUUCAUGAAGUGGUCGCUCAGUUGCUUUUCCGGCCAGGUAGACGAACUAGAUUCAGAGUUUUGACUGAUUGAUAGACGAAAUAUUAAAUACAGAAAGACAAAAAGAGUCUGAUCAUUUUCAAAACUUCUUGCUGAACUGAAUAUCAGUAAUGACAGAAAUUAAUUUUGUAGUUAGAAAUUAAAGCCUGGCCUAGGUUAGUAAACACACUCGUAAAUACAGUAUUGGUACUUUGAAGACGAGCUUAGUAACUGUGAAGAGACCUAUAACCCAAUACUUGCACCAGUAUUAUUCCAUAAAUACACAUGAUAAACCUUUUUCACACUAGAGGACGCUUUUUAUGCAGUAAAGACCCAGACUACUGGGUGAUGCUGUUGAAAAAAUUCUGUAUCUAGUCUCCUUGUGGAAGGUUUUUUUUUACAAAGAGCGUUUCUUGUGUCGAUGUAAAACAAAAACAAAACCAAAGACACAGUAUAUCAAACAUUUGCAGUGAGUUGACUGCCUUAAGCGUGGUGUGUUUAUCCAGUUGUAACCCAGUUUUGCUGUGACGUCACCAGUGUUUCCGGUUUGUUGUUUCUGGUUCGUGGAUUCAUUGUAGGUAUAACUGUCGUAGCAAAUGUAGGUGUAGUUGUGCCCCGGUCAAAGUGUGGUCCCUGUAGUAUGUGUUUCUACAUAGAAGUCGUUGUUGUGGCACGCAAAUCAUGUUAUCACAGUCUGUUUGAAUAUUUUUGUGGAUUAUUUUUUCAGCAGAGAACUCUUCUUAGCCGCUGUACCCAUGACGUCAUUAGUCAAGUCAUUGAAAAAAAAAGAGCUUGCAGAGAACUGAAUGUACCCACCCACGCGCAAGCAAGCAUUGGUUUAAAGUACAUCAUAUUUAUUCCUCUCGAAACAGGAAAUUUUGUCAAAGCUAAUACCAUAUGUUAAUGAACCACUUACUCGUUGAAACAUUUUAAAAGAUGUUUAAACUUAUUUUCAGUAGGUUUUUCCCUUAAUGAAAUGGCAAAUGUAGGAACUUCAGCCAUAUAAUUAGAAAACCCCAAACAAAGGUGGCAGCUGUAGUUUGUGUUAAGAAUUCGACUGUUAUGACUUGCAUUUCUUUUAUAAUUGUAUUUCUAUAUAUAUCGCUAAUUCUUAUGAAAGAUUAAAAAUUUGUAAAUUAGAAAGCAUCUUUAGUGGGGGCGUCAUGGAUACAGUGGUGAGGCACCACAAAAAAAAAGUAAGACGUUAUUUGAUGUUCCUUAGUACCUGGAGAAAAUGAUAUAUAAGUUAUUACACUAUGAGCAAGCUGUAUAUUAAAAGCUAAAUAUAUGUUGUUGAAAUAUAAUGGCUCAAAAGAUUCCUCUGUGUAAAGAUGUUGGUUGUCGGUAGGGAGCGCUCUACCCAGCCGUAUUCACCAAACUUGUGUGCCAAAAACAUAUGACGUUAACGACUUGUUUGUCAGAAGGAGGCCUACUUUGACCAUGGACUAUAUUACUAUAGGUUUCAUCUGUUUUGUUUUCUUGAAAGUGAGGUAUGUUUCAUGUUUUGUUAUUUAACUGCCUACGUUAUUUUACGUUUAUAAAAACUGAAAAUCAAAAUAUUUUUAAACUCCCUCACCAGUAUUGCUUCCCGGACCUAGGCGUCUUUUUCAUUAUUUUUUCUUUUACCAACUCCUUUCGUGAGGUAAUUUGCGGUAAGCUAAUGUACAUCAGCCUUUGUUGUGCCUGGGUGAAGCGGAUUUUGUUUUCGCGUAUUGAAUUAGCACUUUAUAUUUUAUUAUGGAACUAAGCCAUCUCCCAGAGGCAAUAUGACAUAUAUAUAUACCGAAAAAAACUCACUCGAUGCUUUUUGGAAACGACGAAUAAUUAACACAGUGUUUUCGAACACAAAAAUUUAAAUUAUGCAGGCUAAGUUAAAGAUAGAAUAUCUGCAUUGGUUAGCAUAAUUUUACGUAUGGUGACUUCAUUAAUUUUGUAAUAACAGUAAGAUAUAUCAGGAUGGUGAAAUUCAAGAAACAGUUGCUUGUUUAAGGAAUUUUACUUUUAAAGUUCUGCUAAUUUACUUGUUACGUGAAGUUAGAAAACACUUUUCAAAGGAAUUCUUGUCAAGUUCAUAUUGUUUGUAACUGAUUAUGAAAACAAAAUGUUACGUGUAUUCACCAUUCAUUGGACGACACAUAUCUCAUCCUAAACAAAACAUUUUAAACAUUUGCAGGCUGGAAAGCUUCCUGUUGCUAGCUGUAUUUAUGAAUUAAAAUGUGUAAAAUUUUCAGUAUCGUACAGAUUUAAAAAAAAAAGAGGUUUUAAAGUAUUUAAGUGUGUGAAAGUUUGUCCUGCCGGAAUGUGUUACCAGGUGUAAUUUUGAAAGAUGAAACUCAAUAGUUUUUAACCAGAUUUUCUACCUACAAAGCUUGUGCAUAGAAAAAGCUUUUAAAUAAACCUCGUUUGUGUGUCAGUGGCGUUUAAAGAUGUAUACUUCAGUUGCCCAAAGAUAAGGGAAAAUACAGCAUUCCAGCCGGCUGUUUAGAGAAAUUUGACAUUUUCUACUUGUGUUAUUAUUAUUAUUAUGACAUUUGGCCAUGGGUCGGUUAAGUGACCCCCUUUUUUUUCUUUUUUUUUUCGCAGUAACAUUACAUAUUUAAACAAAAAAAAUCCCCGUCGGCCUCGACAGAGGGAGUAUUGUAGCAUGUAACGUUUGUUUAUUCAUUUUAGAGGCUCUGACGGGAUAUGAAUAUGAUGAUGAGUUUGUAGCUAUUGGUUAAGGUAAUGCUAUAUUUUGAAAGAAAGAGGAAAAUCUAUUAUUAACCAAACUCUACAGGUAUUUGCCAAGUCGCAGUUCUUAUGUUACCCGUGGCUUUAUGGAAGCUGUUUUGGGUUUUUGCGCACCAAUAAAUAAGGAGAGUUAAAAAAGA